AUGAAUGAUUCCUUAGUGCAACGGCAUUUUCUAAUGGCUGUUAACCAUACUCAGAAUUUGUCCAAGGGGGAGCAGGAAUUGCCCUUUGAUAGUAAGAAGAAUUUGGAGCUGGACCAGAACAUGGCUUUGACCUUACUUCCGGUCGUCGUAUAUGUGACAAUUUUAAUGAUACUAGGAAUUAUGGGUAAUCUUGUCGUGUGUUACAUUUAUUUCUUCAGAUGGAAGAAGAAAACUGUUAAAUAUUUUAUUGGAUUCUUAGCAGCAUUCGACUUGAUAACUUCUGUCACUUGCAUGCCCAUUGAGAUAGCAAUGCUUCUAAAUCCCGUGACGCUGGAUGACCCCCACCUUUGCAGAUUCCUAAGAUUUACUCGUUCUAUGACGUCAUUAGGAGCCGGAUUAAUGUUAGUCGUCAUUGCAGUGGACCGAUAUCUCAAAAUAUGCAAGUUGGCAAAAAGUCAUAUUCAUGUUCCACUGGCAAAGAAACUAUGUAUAUCAACAGUGGUAGUUGCGUUACUAUUUUCUUGGCCAUGUCUUAUCAUAUUUGGCCAGUUCAACAGAAAUGAUUCGCCCAUUGCAGAGACAUCUUGUUCUGUCGACAGGGAAUAUCGGGAUACAUUUUAUCCGAUAUUAUACUAUGGCAUGGUUUCUGUUCUCUUUUUGAUAAUUUCAUUGUGUCUUCUAACAUUAUACUCAUUAGUUCUGAAAACAUUGUGCAAACUUUCAGCUAAAAGAAGGAGGAAGAAAACAGACAAGUUUACCGAUGAGAGAAAUAGUAAUAAUAUAUCAUCCUCUCCAGAAAGUUUACCCUAUGAUUCCGCUAACCUCAACUCAGAAACUAAAGAUUGCACGGAACAGAAACCCUCUCCUGUUUACCCAAAAUCUGAAAAUUCCCCGGUUUCAAAAUUGAAAGUCUUUAAUGCUAAGGUGUCUUCUCUAAGGGGACCUUCCACUCAAAUUCGAAUGAAAAGAACUACCCUAAUGUUGUUAUUAAUUACACUCAUACAGUGGAUGAGUUACUUCCCCUAUUUUGGUUUGCUUUUUGGUAAGACACUUAAUAUUCAUUUCUUUAAAAAUAUGUCAAGAAAUGAGCAAGUGCUCUACAAUAUCGGCAUACUGUCUCAUUUUCUCAGUAGUGGAAUCAACCCUUUUAUAUAUGGAUUUUUUAGCCGAGAUUUUCGUAAAGAGCUUCAAAAUGCUAUUUUUUCAAUCAUAGAUUUCAUACAUGUAGUACAUUAGAUCCCUUCGGCAAAAAAUUCGGA